AAAUAAAUUUUAUAAUAAAUUUUAAUGACUUCUAUGAAUAAUUUAAUUUAGAGAAAGUUUGUCGUAAACAUACAAACAAAAAAUGUCAGAAAACAAAGAGCAAGAAGUAAUUGAUAUAAAAGAUGACACAUUAGAGGAAACAAACGCUGAAAACGAUUUCAAUUUGGAUAAUAACAAUGAGAAUGAAUGCCAAACAACUAAAUCAAAUGGGAGUGAGAAGGGGUUCACAGUGUUUGGGUAUAAGAUGUCUCAAAUCAAAUGGGGAAAUGUGGUAUUUCUAACGGUUAUGCAUAUUCUGGCCGCUUAUGGAUACUAUCACUGCAUUGUAGUCGACAUUAAGGCACUGACCGUCACUUUUAUUUAUAUAAUAUCGUGCGCUUCGGGAUUAGCAUUUUGGUCGGUUCCCAUCGGCUGUGGGCUCACCGCUCGUUCAAAGCUCGAU